AGUUGGCCGCGGGUCGCCGGCGCGGGUGGACGUGCGUGCUAGUCGUUUCUCAGGUCCUGUCAGCGCGCGGAGUAGCGGGCUUCUCGGCGGCGGCGAGUUUUUCGUUAACAACCCCUGUGACAAAGGGAGAAAGAAGAGAAAGGAUUUUUCAAACGACGGAGCGGGGAUGGCCGCGGACGCGAGGCUGCGCGGGCGGCGGUGACCCCGCGGCGAUGAGGAGGACUGACGACGACGGCGGCGGAGGGCAGCAUGCGUAGCGCGGCCGCCGGCCCUUGGCUGUGGCUGUGGCUGUGGCCGUGGCUGUGCUGCGGCGCCGCCGCCAACGGCGCCCCUCGCUUCCUCAUCAACGGCCACGCCGAGAUCGUGCUGCGGCUCAAGGAAGGCCCCGAGACGCCGGUCGGGAGCCUGAUCUACCGGCUGCGGGGCGUGGACCCCGACGGCGACCCGCUCACCUUCGGGGUGAGGGAGCAGGCGGGCCGCGAGCUGCUGCGCAUCGAGAACCUGGGGACCAACGAGGCGAACGUCUACCUGGAGCAGGAGCUGGACCGGGAGGCGAAGGACGAGUACGCGCUGGUGCUGACGCUGACGGACGGCAACCUGGGCGACGGCAACUUCAUCACGCAGAGCCUGCUGCUGCUGGUGGAGGACGUGAACGACAACGAGCCCGUGUUCCGGCCGUACCAGCCGACCGUGGAGGUGCGCGAGGACAGCCCCCCGGGGGUGCUGGCCACUCUCGAGGCCACGGACCGCGACGAGGGACCGUACGGCCAGGUUGUGUACCACCUACAAGAACUGGAAGGGGAGAAUGACUUGUUCGCGAUCUCGACGGAGAACGGCAAGGGAGUCGUCCGCCUGGUCGGCCAGCUCGACUACGAGAGGAAGUUCCUGUACCAGCUGCGGGUGCUGGCCGUCGACAGAGCCAACAACGACAGGGUGAACACAGGCACGGCUGCCAUCGUCGUGAAGGUCCAGGACGUAGAGGAUCAGCCCCCAGAGUUCGUGGUCGCCUCGCCCGUCACAAGGGUGAGCGAAGACGCCCGCAUCGGCACCUCGGUCCUGCAAGUAAAGGCAGUCGAUGGGGAUCGUGGUAUAAAUAACCACAUCAAAUACUUUAUAACUCAAGGACCCGGGAAAGGAAGUUUUGGCAUUGAUGGCGACACUGGCGUGGUGUUCACCACGAGCAAGCUUGACAGAGAAGAUCCAGCAAACAGCAACGGGGCUUUCAUCCUUGAAAUUACGGCUCAAGAAGAAACUGAAGUAAUGUUCCCGCCACCAGUGGUGAAGACAGAGGUUACCAUCAUAGUGACGGACAUCAACGAUGAGAUUCCAACCUUUCGCAGCAAGUCUUACGUAGGGGAGGUGAACGAAAAUGCUCAGGCCAACACCCCCAUAACAUUCCUAGACAACGCCAUACCAGAAGUGUUCGACCACGACCAGGGAACUAACGGAACAUUUACCAUGUUUAUUGAUGGAGAUCAUGGGAUAUUUGAUGUUACACCUCACACCGGAAUCAACGAAGCUUCAUUUCUCAUCAGAGUCAAGAAUCCAAACAAGCUUGAUUAUGAAAAGAUCUCAGCAAUCAAUUUCACCCUCAUCGCAAGAGAAACUGUACCCCAAAAUCCUAAGUACAGUCUGGUUCCAGUCACUGUGCACAUCCGAGAUAUGAAUGACAACUUCCCAGAGUUCACAGAUCCUAUGUACGAGGUGACGGUGCCAGAGAACUCCCGGACGGGCGCGACCGUGGCGUGGGUCCAAGCCCACGACGAAGACUCCGGCGACUUCGGCACUCGAGGCAUACGUUACACCAACCUCGGGGGCAGCGUGUCGGAACUGCUACACCUUGACCCAAUAUCAGGAAUCAUCACCACCAAAUCAAAACAACCUGUGUUUGACCGGGAACUGCUGUCUAGACACUACCUUACUGUUGAAGCUCGAGACAAUCUGGGUUUUGGAAACCGGAACACUGCACAGUUGGUCAUCAACGUGGAGGAUGUGAAUGACAAUGCUCCUCAGUUCCUGAAGAGCAAAUAUGAAGCUCGGUUAAUCGAAAACAAACUUGAGUUUGAAGCACCCCUGCAGGUUGAAGCUCGAGAUAUUGACUUGAAUGGCACCAGGAACAGCCGCGUCCGCUACUCGAUCGUGGGCGGGGACCAGCGCGGGAACUUCAGCGUGGACCCCGUGACGGGCGCUCUGCAGCCCGCGCUGCCCCUGGACUUCGAGGAGCUGGCGGCGCGGGGCGGGGGCGGAAGCGGCGCCGCCGUGCGGCCCGUGGGCCUCACGGUGGAGGCGAGGGACCACGGCGACCCCAGCCUGGCGUCCCGGGUCGGCGUCGUCGUAUACGUUCACGACGCCAACGACCACGCUCCCCAGUUCGAGCACGCAAGCUACCGGCAGUCCAUUCGCGAGGACACGCCCGGGGGAACCUCCGUGCUGCAGGUGAGGGCGUGGGACGGAGACGGCUCGGCGCCGAACAGCGCCGUGGUGUACCGCAUCCAGAGCGGGGCCCAGGACAAGUUCGUGAUCGACGCGGAGCUGGGGGUGAUCAGCGUCGCGGCGGGAGCAAACCUGGACCCCGACCGCACGGAGCCCCGUUCCUUCCUCUACCGGCUGGCCGUGGUCGCGCUUGACGGAGGGGUCGGCUCCGAGCAGUUGCAGUCGUACGCCGACGUCAACAUAUCCGUCGUCGACGUCAACAACAAGCCGCCCGUGUUCGUGGACCCGGGCACCGUGAGGAUCCGGGAGAACACGCAGGUGGGGCAGCACGUGCACAGGGUGCGGGCGGUGGACCCCGACGCCAGGCCGGUGCUCAAGUACCGCCUGGACGCCGGCAGCUCGGAGGCCCGCAGCGAGGAAGGCACCAUCGUCAAGGUCUCCGACUACGACUACGUGGGGGCGUUCGAGCUGCACGCGCACACGGGCGACCUCCGCGUCAUGAAGCAGCUGGACCGGGAGAAGGUGGAGACCGUCCGCCUGGGGCUCGUGGUCGAGGACGUGGCGUCCGUCAAGGGCAAGCAGGUCACCAAAGCUAUACUCACCAUUAUUGUGGAAGAUGAAAAUGACAACAACCCAAAAUUCCGCCGUCCUUUCUAUCGACGUUCGGUCACUGAGAACAGCAAGAACGGGGUGACUGUCAUCAAUGUGGUUGCUGAUGAUGCAGACAAAAACAGAACAAUAAAAUACAUGCUAGAAGGCUCUCGGACCAUCAUGGACCUCCUGUACCUGGACGAGGAGACGGGGGAAGUGGUCGUGGCGAGCAGGAUCGACCACGAGGUGACCCCGUGGCUCAACUUCACGGUGCGCGCCACCGACUCCGGGGUCCCGCCGCGGGCCUCGUUCGUGGAAGUGUUCGUCCAGGUGCUGGACGAGAACGACAACAACCCGUACUUCGUGGGCGACGUCAGCAACAUCACGGUGCGGGAGGAUGCCCCACCCGGUACUGAAAUUGCCCUCAUAGAAGCAAGGGAUGCUGACUCUGGAGAUUUCGGCACAAUUACGUACUUACUGGAUCGUAUGUCCUCACAGGGCAAGUUCCAGAUACACCCCUCCACGGGCGUUCUGAAUGUGUCUGAUGUCUUGAACCGCGAGGAGCAGAGCUCAUACAUGCUCAUCAUUGAAGCGUGGGACAACUACCAGUUCGGCUACGCCAGCGGCGAAAGUCGCAAUGCUUUCAAGCAGAUUGGGGUGAACAUCGUGGAUGUGAACGAUGAGACACCGGUGUUUGAGCCAAUUCUUGGUUGCAUUACCAUCACCGAGUUCCACGAACUACGGGAAGCGGUGACGACCAUUAAAGCAACAGAUCUGGAUGACCCCAACACUCCCAACGGCAGGAUCGUCUUUUCUAUCGUAUCUGGGGAUGACCUGGAUCUGUUCCGGGUGGAGAACCUGGACUACUCGAGCGCGCGGAUCGCUGCUGUGCGGCCGCUGAAGGGCCUGUAUGGCAACUACACGCUGGUGGUGAGGGCCCAGGACCUGGGCACGCCCCCCAACGCAGCCACCGCGGAGGUGCGCAUCUGCGUCACAGACUUCAACGACAACGCGCCCCGGUUCGCCAGCCCGCCUCACAACACCACCAUCAGGAUCCCCGAGAAUGCCACAAUAGGGAGCACUGUAAUACAAGUCCACGCAACUGACAACGACAUUGGUCCGAACGGCGCUGUGCGAUACCGGCUCAGGCAGGACCUGAUGGGCAACUGGAAAACUUUCAGCAUCGAAGAGAGAACUGGGAUUGUUACUCUGAGACAACGACUGGACAGGGCCAAACAAAAGAUAUAUGAGAUUCGGGUCGAGGCAUACGAUUUGGGAAUUCCUACUCCGCUGUCGACCGACCUUGACCUUACAGUGUACAUCAGGAAUGUUGAUGACUAUGAACCACAAUUUCUGGUGGACAAGAUGGUAGUCAACUUUACAGAGCACGUACCGCCGGGCGUUGAGAAGAGGAAGCUGGUGGACACGGUCGAUCGGGAUGAGGUCGACUACUUGGACGAUCCUCCCCCGCCCGUCUGCUACUUCAUCGUCGGGGGUGACGGAGAGAACAUCUUCACCGUUGAGGCCUUCCGACACGAGAUCACGGUGGUGCAAGAGCUAGAUCGCGAAGUGCAAGGCACCUACGAGCUACUCGUCAAGGCAACAGAAGACUGCAUCCACUCUCCAACUCUCCAAGACACGUACGACCCAGCAGACAGUACCGUGCUCCGAGUGUUGGUGAACGUGGAAGAUAUUAAUGACAACCCUCCGCUCUUCGUCAAGAAGGUUUUCACAGGGGGCGUCACCACUGAGGCCGACUUUGGCGCAGAGUUCAUGCACAUAAAGGCUGUGGAUGUGGACGAGGGAGAGAAUGCGGUGGUCACGUACUAUCAGGUGGGAGACAUCCAGAUGACGUCGCCGGAAGGUCUGGAGAACGUUCACAUGCCGGCCUUCCUCGUGGACAGAGAAUCGGGUGCCGUGCAGCUGAACUUUGAUCCCCAGAAAGGAAUGAAAGGAUACUUUGACUUCAUGGUCCUCGCAAACGACUCGGCAGGUCUUGAGGAUCUGGCCCGGGUUUUCAUCUACUUGUUGCGGGAGGACCAGAGGGUGAAGUUUGUGCUGCGACAACAUCCUCCGGAGGUUCGCGAGAGAAUUGAUGUGUUCAGAGAGGUGCUUGGAAACGUGACUGGUGCCAUAGUAAAUGUAGACGAGUUCAAAGUACACGAAAAUGAUGACGCUUCAGUCGACAAAACCAAGACAGACUUGUACCUGCACUUUGUGAGCCAGCGAGACCACUCCAUCAUGGAAGUGAGCGACGUGCUGUGGCUGAUCGACCAGAACAUAGAGAGGCUCGACCGCCUGUUCAAGGACUUCAACGUGCUGGACACCCAGCCGGCGGAAGCCCAGCUCUUGAAGGGCGACUCGGAGGUGAUGAUGCUGACGUGGCUGGCGGGCUCCACGCUCUUCCUGGGACUCCUGCUGGUGCUCGUGACGUCCAUCUGCCUGUCGCAGCGGCUGAGGUUCCAGCGCCAGCUCAAGGCCGCCACCGUCGCCGCCUUCGGUUCAAAUGAGUCAGAUCUGAACCAUGUGACCGGCAGAGUACCCAACACAAACAAGCACAGCGUAGAAGGCUCAAACCCCAUAUGGCUGCAAGCAUACGAGAAUGAAUGGUACAAGGAAGAAGAAGAUUCUACAAGCCAAGCAUCGGAGAGGGAUUCGCUUGACGAAAAUGCAGUUACCAACGACACAACACAUCAAACGGGAAAUGGAACUGCCUUUAUAGUUCGCCCACUAGGAACCUGCAACAGCCGUUCGAACAUGCGGCCGGACGCGGCCGGCCUCAAAGAGCAGAACGACCUGAACAGGUCCGGCGGCCUCCUGUUCCACCAGAACCUGUACCAGCAUCUGGACAAGCUGAGCAACCCCUUCAUCGCGAAGAAGCUGGAGACCACGGAGCUGUGAGGGGCCGCUCUUCCUCGCCGCCCCGCGCUCGAACUCAACCUCAGAGCAUCGGCGCACCAUCCCUGUGCGUCUUCAUUCCACUCACCAAAACGAGAAAAUACCAAAGAUUAUUUUUUUUUUUUUACUAAAAUUCUAGUGUGUUUCAGUCUCCUUCAUGCUGCGGACAACGUUGAAGAUACGCAGCGUAAUUUUUUUUUAUAUAGCAAGUAACUAUUUGAGUAUAGUGUUAUAAACUUCUGUUGUUGCAGUGGGAACAAGUGGUGUGGAAAAUAAAAGCUCGAAACUGCUCGUACUUUGAAACGCUACCUCAGGUUGUAACCGUUAUUUUUAUUUUGCAGUGUAAUUGGAUUAUUCACCGACUUUUAACGUCUGCUAGGCGAUUUUUGUAGUAUUCACCAAGAGGGGACCUCAGCAAGAAAUAUCUUCUCUCUCACUCAGACAGGCCAGCCAGCUGCACUCGUUAACUGACUUUCGUUUAUGUUCAGUUCGCCUCUUGAAUGGCGGAAACAAUGAGCUGAUUUUCAUUAUUUCGUUCACCUGCAGCUCUUGGCAUCUUAACAUGAUUCAGCUAACAUUUUUUUAAUACUCCACGUUUGAACAAAAUACAUUAAAGCAUCAUCAUCAUCAUCAUCAUCAUCAUCAUCAUCAUCAUCAUCAACUUUUUCCAGCCUGUGGCCGGGUCAUCCAAGUAAAAUGUCUUCAUCUUCCUCUGUCCUUCCACCAUUCCUUAUUGCAUUAAAGAGUAAUGCAUUGAUUGUCUUUUCACUCUUUCAAAAUCAAAACUGAAAGAAAAAUAUGUGAAUAUUUAAAAAUAAACCUUAAGUUAUUAUAAUCUUAACACGUCCAGUUGUCUGAAUAGCUCACAUUUUAGAAAUUAAACCAUUACUCAUUGUUUUUAUUACUAUACUAAAUUAAACCUUUAUUAACCGUGUAAACUGUUUAAAAUUAUUUGACAAUCAAUGUCAAUUAAAAGUAGCAAUGGAAUCUGUAAGGUUUGAAACAGCUACAAAUUAAUACUUUCUUUGUAAAAUAUUAUUAAGUUUCAAACUGUUAUUGCUAUUAGCAAUGUUGAACCAAGUGCUAAAAUCAUAACAGAGACAAUACAGAAGUCUACAAAUACAUUGUGAACCAAUUUCAGGACUUUUUAAUUAAUUUUUAAUACAAAUAUCUUACAGCUAUUUUUAUCUAGAGUAUUUUUUUUUGUUUAUAAUAAGAAACAUUUAACGUAAUAGUAAAAUAGAUAUAUUUUCUGGAACUUGCCGAUUUUGGGUUAGAAAGAUAAAACCUUUUCGGAGAAAUUUCCACAUGAUGAAAAAGGAUGUAUGACUGACUACAAAUUUAAGAGAGGUGUCAAAAAAACAAAAUGCAAGUUAGCAAUUGGCUGCUGAAAAUCAAAGUUUCGUACUCCCAGUGCAGUUUUUUGUUUAUUUCAGGACUUUAUCAAGACUUUCAAGAGCAGUUAUCCAAUUUAAUUACUUUUGUGACUUUUGUUACCUGUAGAAACCCUGCAAUAGAUCAUUCACAAAACCUUCUUUUAAAAAUGUUGGUCAAAAAUUAAAGUAAGUAUCACUUAACUGAUCACUAAAACAUACCUUGCGGGAAGUUUAGGAAAUUUAAAUAUUUGUGUUUCAGCACUUGGGGUCACUAUUGCUUAUCGCCAUUCAAUGAAUUCUUAACUUUUCAAAUCAGGAAAUUCAAUAUAAGGUAAAAGCACAACCUUAGCCUUUAAUUUAGCUUAGUUAUGUAGAAUAGUAUACCUAAUUUAUUUCUGCAUCAGGAUCUUUCUUUAAAGAAUAAAUUUUAUUGCAACACUGUCAUAAUAAAUGCAAGCUACACCAAAGCUUAAAACUUUUGUGCAUUGUAAAUAAAGAAUAUGUGUGGCAUUUAUCACUGCCUAUUAAUUCAGUAGGUUAAUAUUUAUUUUUAUACCAUAUAAAAGGUAAAAAAAAGAGGAUAACUUUUGGUUGUGAAAUGUGAUUGUAUAUUAUGCCACGUGUAAAUAAUAUAUGUAUGUAUUUUGUAAGACAGUGUAAAUUAUUGAAAUUAAUAAUACAUCGAAAUUUUGUAUUUUUCUGCUACGGUACCAACAUAAAUUAAGUUCAAAUUGUGUGAAUUUGUAAUAAAACUGUAAAAAAAGAAAAAAAAACUGUGCUAAUAUUCAAACCCAACCCUGAGU